AAUCUCCCCUCCCCCGCCCUCGGAGUCCGCGAGUGAGGGCUGCGACCAUGGUGACAGCGGAGGCGCUGCGGCUCCCGCGGCUCCUGGUGCUCCUGCUCCUAGCCUGGGAGGGCGCCUGGGGCGCGGUGCGUGACGAGGCGAGAGAGACGGCGGCCGUGCGCGCGCUCGCGGUCCGCCUCCUGGGGCCCGGGCCCGCGGCCGCCUUUGAGCUGUCGGUGGAGCGCACCCUGGCGGCCGGGCCCGGCGCCGACGUCUUCGAGCUCAGCGGCGGAGGCGGCGGCGCGCGAGUGCGUGUGCGCGGCUCCUCAGGCGUAGCGGUGGCGGCCGGGCUGCACAGCUACUUGCGCGACUUCUGCGGCUGCCAUGUGGCCUGGUCGGGCGCUCAGCUGCGCCUGCCACGACCGCUGCCCCCGGUUCCCGGACAGCUGACGGAGGCCUCGCCCUACAGGUACCGCUACUACCAGAACGUGUGCACGCACAGCUACUCCUUCGUCUGGUGGGACUGGCCGCGCUGGGAGCGGGAGAUCGACUGGAUGGCGCUGAACGGCAUCAACCUGGCCCUGGCCUGGAGCGGCCAGGAGGCCAUCUGGCAGCGGGUGUACCUGGCCCUGGGCCUGACCCAGGCAGAGAUUGACGAGCACUUCACCGGCCCGGCCUUCCUGGCCUGGGGGCGCAUGGGCAACCUACAUGGCUGGGGCGGGCCCUUGCCCCGCACCUGGCACCUCAAGCAGCUCUCCCUGCAGCACCAGAUCCUGGACCGCAUGCGGGCGCUGGGCAUGACUCCCGUGCUGCCCGCCUUCGCUGGGCACGUCCCCAAGGCCAUCGGAAGGGUGUUCCCACAGGUCAAUAUCACCCAGCUGGGCAGCUGGGGACACUUCAACUGCUCCUACUCCUGCUCCUUCCUUCUGGCUCCGGAAGACCCUCUCUUUCCCCUCAUUGGGGGCAUUUUCCUGCGGGAGCUGAUCAGGGAGUUCGGCACCAACCACAUCUAUGGGGCUGACACUUUCAACGAGAUGCAGCCACCCUCCUCUGACCCUGCCUACCUGGCCGCUGCCACUGAGGCUGUGUUUAAGGCCAUGGUUGCAGUGGACUCUGACGCUGUGUGGCUGCUCCAGGGCUGGCUCUUCCAGCACCAGCCUGAGUUCUGGGGCCCGGCCCAGGUUGGAGCGGUGCUGGGGGCGGUGCCGCAGGGCCGCCUGCUGGUUCUGGACCUGUUUGCUGAGAGCCAGCCAGUCUACACCCGCACAGCCUCCUUCCGGGGCCAGCCCUUCAUCUGGUGUAUGCUACAUAACUUUGGUGGUAACCAUGGCCUCUUCGGGGCCCUGGAGGCGGUGAACCGAGGCCCCACAGCCGCCCGCCUCUUCCCCAAUUCAACCAUGGUGGGCACAGGCAUCACACCAGAGGGCAUCGGCCAGAACGAGGUGGUCUAUGCGCUCAUGGCAGAGCUGGGCUGGCGGAAGGACCCCGUGCCAGAUCUGUUGGCCUGGGUGAGCCGCUUCGCAGAACGGCGUUAUGGGGUGGCCCAGCCAGAUGCCGAGGCCGCCUGGAGACUCCUGCUCCGCAGUGUCUACAACUGCUCCGGGGAAGCGUGCCGUGGCCACAACCACAGCCCACUGGUCCGGCGGCCGUCCCUGCAGAUGAACACUGCUGUCUGGUACAACCGAUCGGACGUAUUUGAGGCCUGGCGACUGCUGCUCAAGGCCUCACCCAAGCUGACCACCAGCCCGACCUUCCGUUAUGACCUGCUGGAUGUCACCCGGCAGGCACUGCAGGAGUUGGUCAGCCUGUACUACGAGGAGGUGCGGGCUGCCUACCUGCACCAGGAGCUGGCGGGGCUGCUGAGGGCUGGGGGUGUCCUGGCCUACCAGCUCCUGCCUGCACUGGAUGAGGUGCUGGCCAGCGACCACCACUUUCUGCUGGGCAGCUGGCUGGCGCAGGCCCGGGCAGCAGCUGCAAGUGAGACCGAGGCCAGACUGUACGAGCAGAACAGCCGCUACCAGCUGACCUUGUGGGGGCCAGAAGGCAACAUCCUGGACUAUGCCAACAAGCAGCUGGCGGGGUUGGUGGCCCAUUACUACGCGCCCCGCUGGCAGCUCUUCAUAGAGUCACUGGCCGACAGCCUUGCCAGGGCUGCCCCUUUCCAGCAGCACCAGUUCGACAAGGAUGUCUUCCUGCUGGAACAAGCCUUUGUCCUGAGCAGCCGGAGGUACCGAAGCCAGCCGCAGGGUGACACUGUGGACCUGGCCAGGAAGGUCUUCCUCAGGUUCGCCCCCCAUAGGGUGGCCCGAGCCAGCUGACAGUGACACCAUAGAGCUAUCUUCUGGGGCCUCGGCCCAGAGCUGCACUAGCAUCUCAGGGACCUUGGGCCUGGGGAAGGACCCAGGCCUGGUUCGGGUGCAGGGCCACUGAGAGGGGCAUGAGCCACCCUCCACUGCCACCCCGAGGUUGGGAAUAAAGUUGCUUCCUCUCACUUCCAUAAACUGCCAGGUCGGGCCAGGGAUUCAGCUCAGCAGCACAAGCCCCUGCCUGGCAGCGUGAGGUUGUGAGUUCGAUCCCCAGUACCAAAAAAAUAAACCGCCAAGUCAGACUGA